AUGUACUCCAAGCUUACUCCUUAUGCUUCGCCGCCUCCGUUACGCUCUUCCUUGCUCAAGAGUCCCUCAGAUGCGGUACCACCGACCGACGAUCUCAAGGGCCUUGAGUCUGAGCUCAAAAUUUUGCGUCAAAAGCUCAUCGAGCGAAGCAAAAAGGCGAGCGACGACAUGCGGACUAUCGAGGAAUCCAUGCGUCGUAUGAAGGAGAUUGAGAAAGGAAAGGCCAAAUCCAUCGAGAAAGUCAAGCGAGAACGCGACUUCACUCCCCUUCCCGACGCAGACGAACCUAGGCUGUCGGCAUCGCUUUCUGGGAAACCUAGACUAUCCUCUCAUCCAUUGCAAGCCGGUCCGUCUUCCUCACGAUCUUCGUUGGACCCUCGAAGGUGGCUCUUUCGUUGGUCUUCCAAGAAGAAGAAGAAAAGGAAACGGGAAUACGAUGAAAGCGACCUUGAAUCAGCUUCUCAGCGACCCCGGAAGGGUACGCCACCCGUAAUCAACCAUCCUCCUCCUCCUCCUCCACCGAAAGCUCAGAAAUCUGUUCCUCUUGUCCCCAGCAAGCCCCAAACGGGCCCCGAUUUUACCGUACCUCAAUCUAACUCUUUAUUACCUCAACGACCACCGAUACCACCGCCUCCGAUACCAGGACCUAGUAAACCUACCGAUGUAACGGAUGAUUUCAGUAAACUCAAGCAACCACCUCAAACCUUGACCACGACCUUCUACACCUACAUCGAACCAUGGAUACGGAACAUACGAGAAGAGGACAUUGGAUUUCUGGAGCAUACUGGAGACGAGGUUGAGCCGUACGUUAUGCCCAAGUUAGGGCGACAUUACACCGCCGUUUGGGAGGACCAGGACACGGGACUUUUCCCUCCUAACGAUCAGGAUGCACCACCGGAGGUCUUCCAGCCACCUGUGCCAAAGUGGGAUCCGUCGACAUUGAUGGAGACAGAGUGUCUUGUGGAGGAGAAAGGGCAUGGCUUGUUGACUGAGCGGGUGAUUAGUGCGUUGCUACCGAUGGAGAACAAUGAGUGGAAGGGGGUGAAGGCCGCCGAAGAUGCGAUGGAAGGGAGGCCUGGAGGGAGUGGAGCUGCUGCUGCACGAAAGGAGAAAUUGAGUGUGUCUGACCUGGAGACGCGAAUACGUGAUACGAUGCGAUAUCAUGGUCUGCUCAACGAGAUUCCAGACUACACUGAGAAAGUGGAUGAUCCUAUAGCUACUGCCCUACGACACGCUCAGCGUGAGCUUCGCAGAGUGGUAGCUACGAACAAGGCUCGCAAGGCCCGUCUGGUAGACAUCGCGCGCGAUCGUUUGGGGUACCAAGAAUACGUUGAGCUGCGCGAGUCGAUAGACAAGAACAUCAGUAAUACGUAUAGCAAGCUGCAGGGUAAGGAUAUGCCUAAGCUGGGGAAGAAGAAGAAGAAGUCGAUUGAUGAGACGAAUCCGAUGGCGCUACCUCCUUGUCCGGCAGCCUUGGGAUUGGGUCCGGAUGAGAAGAACCAUUUAGUGGUGGCCAAGCAGCUGAAGCAGUUGGUGGAUACGCGGAGACAGUGGGUGGAUACCGUGGGGAAGGUGUUUGAGAAGAAGCAGGAGGAGAGUCCUGGGAGGAUUUGGGGGGUGCCAAAGAUGAGUAUUUAUGAGGGUGUGGAGGAGGAGGUUCAAGCUGCGUUGGCGAAUAUGCCCACGCAAACAACACGGACUAGUAACGUUAAAGGUAAAGGGAAGGCUAGAGAUGUUAUGGAUGUCGGAUGAUGCUGGUUUCUUUCUUUCGCGGUGCGAGGUUUCUUUCCGUUACUCAUUAUAUCUUAUUAUUUCACUGCAUGUGCGCUGUAACUUUUUGCAUCCAUGAUCACCGGCUUUUCUUAGUAUGACGACUGCUGUACGCAUGUACAAUUAACAAGGUGACGAUUAUUUCUUUGACUUUUUCGCU